GCACCUUGUCGUUUUUGUUCAUGCGGAGCUGCAGUGGAGGAGGUCAGAGGAAGUAAGCGCUAAAAAUCAGACUCGUCUUAUCUCUUUUGUUAGAAGCGAGUGAGUUUCGGCGAUGUUCGCCGGAGGUUUGCUGGUGUGUUUGCUGGCCGUGUUGCAGCUCGGCUCCCGGGCUCAGUACGCUCCAGAUGAGGUGACCAACCUCCCAGGUAUGACGUUCAAACCCAACUAUCGACAGUGGUCUGGGUACCUCCAGGCUCGGCCGGGGAAGUUUCUCCAUUACUGGUUUGUGACCUCUCAGAGGGACCCAGCCAAAGACCCUCUGGUGCUGUGGCUGAACGGAGGCCCAGGCUGCAGCUCGCUGGAUGGAUUCCUGUCGGAGAACGGACCAUUUCAUGUGAAUGAUAACGGGGCCACUCUGUAUGAGAACGCAUUCAGCUGGAACAAGAUUGCCAACAUGCUGUAUCUAGAAUCUCCUGCAGGAGUGGGAUAUUCCUACUCUGAUGACCACAAAUAUGCAACCGAUGAUGACCAGGUAGCUGAGGACAAUUAUAAGGCCUUACAGAGUUUCUUCACCAAGUUCCCAAAUUUCACUAAAAAUGAAUUCUUCAUCUUUGGAGAAAGUUAUGGUGGAAUUUAUGCACCGACCCUCAGCCUGCGCGUGGCUACAGGAACUGCCAAAAUCAACUUCCAGGGCUUUGCAGUGGGAAACGGUCUCAGCAGCUUCGCUCUCAAUGACCAAAGUUUGAUCUACUUUGGUUACUAUCACGGCCUCUUUGGAGAAGACUUGUGGCGUGAUCUGAACAUAAAUUGCUGUGAGGAAAGGAUCUGUAACUUUUACAACUCCAGUUCAAAGACCUGCCAGGUGUCGGUGGAUAUCGCAUUUGGUAUUGUGUAUAAUAGCGGACUUAAUGAGUAUGCCCUCUACUUGGAUUGUGAGGGUCGCAGAAGUUUCCACAGAGGCUAUGAGAGGACCAUGACUCAUCUGUUUAAGAACUACAGGAAACAUCCACACACCCACAAAUUUUUAGAUAAAGUGAACCACUCCGUGUCUGUGGGUGAAGUGCCUCCCUGCAUCAACAGUACGGCUCAGAUGAACUGGCUGAACAGGGGUGAUGUGAGGAAAGCUUUACACAUUCCAGAUACACUGCCACCAUGGGACAUCUGCAGUGACGAUGUGGGAGAGCAUUACACCACCCGGUAUGAAACAGUAAAGGACGUGUAUUUGAAGCUGCUCUCUCUGGGCCUGCGGGCGCUCGUCUACAAUGGAGACACCGACAUGGCCUGUAACUUCCUGGGAGACCAGUGGUUUGUGGAGGGUCUUGGCCUGGAGGCAACCACUAACUAUCAGAGCUGGAUUCAUGAAGACCAGGUUGCUGGUUUCUACCAACAGUUUGGAAACAUAACUUUCCUGACAGUCAAGGGUGCCGGUCACAUGGUUCCUCAGUGGGCUCCAGGUCCAGCUUUCCACAUGUUCCAGUCUUUCAUAACAAAUGGUUAUUACUGAGCCACGAUGGGGACUGCUGUAUAUACAUACACCUGCACUCAUCACUUGUUAGAUGGUACAUUUUUCUCAGGGAAGAUCCGUUGAGAGGGAAAAGGACUGUUAGGGAAUGUAUUCUUAUCAUUUUAAUGAUCGUUGCUGUACUUGCAGUGCAGUGUGUUCAGUUUUUGGACACUGACACUUUCAGUGUUGACUCUCCUCUGCCUCACAGUUGAUUUCAAAUGUAACAAUUCAAGUGACAACUUUAAGCUUAUAUCUGACAAACAAACCUGAGUAAAAUAAUUAUGUUUGGUUGUAAAUCUUUUUUUUUUUUUUUUACUUCAGUCUUUAGCAGAAGUGAAACACUUGCUAAGUAGGACUGAUGUUAACCCAAUUCACCCAAUAGCAAAGAGAAAACCUUGCUUAAAAAACAGCCCAUUUACAUAACUGUUUCACUGCAAAUCCAGUGUGGUGAAUACAGAGCCAAAACAGAACGUGCUUGUCCAGAAACACAACACUGCACUUAACAUGAUAAAAUGAAGCUAGUAUCAGUAUAUUUUAGUAUCAUUUUUCAAAUCAAGGAUAGUUUCAAGUAAAUGAAGUGAUACAAAGUGAUUGCUCUGAACUCAACAAUGUUCAAACUGUCUUGACAAAAACUGCAACUUCAUUCCUCACUUGUCUUUUUAUUAAAUGUUUUGUUGAACUGCCACUGACACAUGGAUUGUCAGAUUUAUUCACAUGCCUUGAUUGUAGUUAAUUGAUUGGAGUCUCCUAGGUAGGUUCUUAAAACAAUUUCAUUAAAACUUCCCAAUGAACGUCAUUAGAAAAAGGUGCACAUCCUUCCAGCCUGCAAACACUACAUCAUUGAUCACAAAGGCAGGUUUCGUCCACUCGUCUGCAGAACCAAAAGAGUAAGAAAACAAUUU